AUGCCAAGGGACAAAAAGUUAAAUGAACUCUCUACAGGUAACCUAAUGAAGCUAAAAAUUAUUUCUGCAAUUUGUCACGACCCUGACCUCUUGAUCCUUGACGAGCCGACUUCAGGUCUUGACCCAGUGAUUCGUGACGAGAUCAUAGGAUUUUUAUUUGACUACAUCAAGGAUGGGGACAAGACAAUUUUAUUUUCAUCUCAUAUCUUGUCUGACAUAGAAAAAAUCGCCGACUAUAUAAUUUAUAUCCACGAGGGAAGAGUAAUCUUAUACGAUGAAAAGGACGCCAUAAUAGAAAAAUAUGGAAUUUUAAAAACUUCUGAAGAAAAUUUAAAAAAUUAUAGAGACUUUAUCUUAAAGACAAGAAAAAAUAAAUACUCAACUGAAGCCUUGAUAAAAAAUGUCCAAGUUUUCAAAGAAUUUUAUCCAAAUGAAGUUGUGGACAGGGCAAAUGUGGAGGACAUAAUGAUAUUUUUAUCAAGAGGUGGACAAUGA